AUGCUGAGGUCGGGUCAGCAGAAAGCCAGAAAUGGCGCCUCACACAGAGGGGCUACCGCCAGAUUUGUCAAGAAUUCCAAAACCACUACGUCAGCUUUCAGAGGUGACUUCACGGGGGCAGUGGGGAUCGAAAACAAGUUGGACCUCGUCCGCAAAGUCGAUGCCAUCGACACCACCAUGGGGUUCGACCGCCUAGAGCACCUGGACGAGCCGAAAAAGGGGUGGUUGGUCAACAUGCAUCCGACUACACUCCCCAAUGACCUGUACGCUGGUGGCUUGGCCGGGGUAGACUACUAUUUUCUCGAUGAGGAAGGUGGCCUGUUCAAAGUGACUGUUAACUAUGAUCCCUAUUUCUUUGUGGUGACAACACCGGGACAUGAGUCGGAGGUGGAAGAAUGGCUUCGGAAGCAGCUUGAAGAGUUCAACCUCAAACUGCUUGAAAGAACAGUCAAGGAAGACUUGUCUCUCCCUAAUCACCUUGUGGGGCUCAAACAGACAUUGCUCAAACUCAAAUUCCAUAACAUAUCCGAUCUUUUGGCAGCUCGUCGAGUUAUCAUGCCGGUGGUGAAGGAAAACCUUCUUCAACAAGACACCAAGACCAUGUACGAUUUUGGCAAUGGCGAUGCCACUCGCCUGAGUGAUCCGCUGGCAUACAUCACUGACAUUCGUGAGUACGACGUUCCUUAUCAUGUGCGGGUACUGAUUGAUUGUGGCAUUCACGUGGGGAAGUGGUAUAACGUGUAUGCCCAUCAAGGUCACAUUCGUCUCGAAGAAGAUAAAGAAACACUUGCAUUUGCCGACCCCGUGGUCUUAGCAUUCGAUAUUGAAACUACAAAGGCACCGCUUAAAUUCCCUGACCUGAAAAUUGAUCAGGUAAUGAUGAUAUCAUAUAUGAUCGACGGUGAGGGGUUUCUCAUCACUAAUCGUGAGGUUAUCAGUGAAGACAUUGAAGACUUCGAAUAUACCCCGAAACCGGAAUACCCUGGUAACUUUGUCAUCUUCAAUGAGGCUAAUGAAAAGGCGGUCCUUGAACGGUUUUUCGAACACAUUCGUGACGUACGCCCCACCGUCAUUGCUACCUUUAACGGUGACUUCUUCGAUUGGCCUUUUGUGGAUGCUCGUGCCAAGUAUCACGAUUUAGACAUGUUUGCCGAAAUUGGGUUCGCAAUUGACAAUGAAGGCGAAUAUAAACUGUCAUAUUGUGUCCACAUGGAUUGUUACCGGUGGGUGAAACGUGACUCGUAUUUGCCCCAGGGUUCGCAAGGUUUGAAAGCUGUGACUACAGCAAAAUUGGGCUACAACCCGACUGAGCUUGACCCUGAAUUGAUGACUCCUUACGCUUAUGACCACCCCCAACUAUUAGCCGAAUACUCCGUGUCCGAUGCCGUGGCCACGUUCUACUUAUAUUCGAAGUAUGUGCACCCAUUUAUCUUCUCGUUGUGUACUAUCUUGCCGCUUAACCCGGAUGAAGUGCUUCGUAAAGGUACCGGUACCCUUUGCGAAAUGUUGUUGAGUGUUAAGGCCUACGAGAAAAACAUUGUAUUACCUAAUAAGCACGCUGACCCCGUUGAACGUUUUUUUGAAGGUCACUUAAUUGAGCUGGAAACCUACGUUGGUGGCCACGUCGAAUCCCUCGAAGCCGGGGUGUUUCGGCAUGACAUCCCGUGUAAGUUCAAUAUCGAUCCUCUGGCAUGCGACGAAGUCAUCGGCGAUUUGCAUAAUUCCAUCAAGUUUUGCAUUGAAGUUGAAAACGGGAAGAAGGUCGAAGAUGUCACCAACUAUGAUGAUGUCUACAACCAAAUCAGGCUGGCGUUGGAAGGCUUGAAGAAUGAGCCUACCCGUGAGGAAAACCCCCUUAUUUAUCACGUCGAUGUGGCAUCGAUGUACCCCAAUAUUAUGACGCUGAACAGACUCCAGCCCGAUUCGCUUAAGCUGGAGAAAGAUUGUGCUACCUGUGAUUUUAAUCGCCCUGGUAAAACCUGUGACCGGCGUCUUCCUUGGCUGUGGAGAGGUGAAUACUACCCCGCCGAGAUGAACGAAUACAAUAUGAUCAAGCGGACGUUGCAGAAUGAACAGUUCCCUCCCUUGCGCCCCCAUUUACCACCGAGAAGAUUCGAAGAUUUAUCAUACCCUGAACAAGCGCUGGCAAUCAAGAAACGUGUCAGUGACUAUUCGCGGAAGGUGUACAACCGUAUCAAGCAGACCAAGGUUGUCACUAGAGAAGCCCUUAUUUGCCAACGUGAGAACCCUUUUUAUGUUGACACGGUACGACUGUUCAGAGACCGUCGUUACGAUUUCAAAGGUCUCACGAAGGUAUGGAAGGGUAAACUUUCUCAGAGAAGUGAUCCCAUCGAAAAGGAUGAAGCCAAAAAAAUGAUUGUGUUAUACGACUCGCUUCAAUUGGCACACAAAGUUAUUUUGAAUUCGUUCUAUGGGUAUGUGAUGAGAAAAGGGCUGAGAUGGUACCUGAUGGAGAUGGCAGGGGUAACCUGCUUAACUGGUGCGCACAUCAUUCAAAUGGCCAGAAAGCUCGUGGAACGCUUAGGGCGCCCUCUUGAACUCGACACUGAUGGUAUUUGGUGUAUCUUGCCCAAGCUGUUUCCGGAAAACUUCAAGCUUAACCUUUCUAAUGGCAAACUGAUUACUCUUGAGUUCCCCUGUCUGAUGCUUAAUUACUUGGUGCACCAAAAGUUCACUAAUCAUCAGUAUCAAACCCUCGUUGAUCCCCAAAAGUUUCUCUACGAGACUCACUCAGAUAACUCGAUUUUCUUCGAAGUGGAUGGUCCUUACAGGGCCAUGAUUUUGCCCACUUCCAAGGAAGAAGGCAAAGGUCUCAAAAAGAGGUACGCUGUAUUCAAUAUGGAUCGACUGCUUGCUGAAUUGAAAGGGUUUGAACUUAAGCGGAGAGGGGAGUUGCGACUCAUUAAAAAUUUCCAGCUGGACAUUUUCAAGCUUUUCUUGGAGGGUGAGACAUUGGAAACUUGUUACGCAGCGGUUGCUUCAGUGGCUAACAACUGGUUGGAUGUCCUCGAUACUAAAGGUGGUAUGUUGGAAGACGAAGAUCUUAUUGAACUUAUUUGUGAAAACAGACUGAUGUCUAAGCCUCUCCGUGAGUACGGCAAUCAAAAGCUGACCUCGAUUACCACUGCUAAACGGUUAGGAGAAUUCUUGGGAGAAGAAAUGGUACAAGAUGCUGGUCUCGCAACCAAAUACAUUAUUAGUGCUAAACCAUUGGGCACGCCAGUGACAGAGCGCGCCAUUCCUGUGGCCAUUUUCUCUCUGGACAAAAAGCAGUUGUAUUUGCGGAAAUGGCUUCGCGACCCUCUGCUUACUCAAUUUGGCCCCCGUGACGUGAUCGAUUGGGACUAUUAUCGGGAACGGUUAGCUCUGGUAAUACAGAAGAUUAUCACCAUCCCUGCCGCGCUUCAAGGAGUCGACAACCCCGUGCCGCGUGUGGCCCACCCUGACUGGUUGCAAAGACGCAUUGCUCAACGUGAUGAUUCAAAGCAACAGCUGCUGAUUCUGGACUUCUUCGGCAAACAACUGAAAGAACAAGCAAAUAUCAAGGAUAUUGAGGACUUUGGUAAAGAAGAUGCGGCGCCCAAGGUUUCAGUUAAAGUCACUAGUCGCAAACGGAAACAAGUGGAAGCUGCCGCCGUUGCUGAAGCUGAUGAGGAGGUUCUUAAGGGUUCAUGUCCUGACCCCACAGUGGAUUACGCUCAAUUUUUGGUAUACGAGAAGGCCAAAUGGCGGGCUCAGUCCGGAGCACGAGACCGUCGUAACCGUCUUUUUGGUCCUAGUUCGGAGCUGGUGACUAGACUGACGGUGGGUGACAUUUUUCGUCGUCAAGCCGAACUGAUAGUUGGUAACAACUGGGAAAUCUUAGAGUUUAAGCGUGAUCCCCAGGUACCAGGAGCGGUGAAGGCAUUUGUGGUGGCUCUGGGUAAGAUCCACGGGUUCACCUUUCACAUUCCCAGGCAACUUUACGCUUCUUAUAAGAUGGAUUUGCCGCAAAGACGGAUUGAUGCCGUGCAGGGAGAUAUGGAGCCGCUGGCGGCGAUGCUUCCUCACGGUGGCAAUUUGGAUCACCACUUAUACAAGCUUGUCACUCUGGAAUUGAACUAUCAGGAUCUCAAACGUGAUGGUAACUCGGUGCUCAAUGAUCAAACACUUUUGGGAAUAUAUGAGCUGCAUGUCACCCCUGUGCAAAGAGCAGUCAUGGAUUUGGGUAAUACCGUGGUUUUCGAUGAAACCCGUGUGGGUGCUCUCGGUCGAGCCAUGAAACAAGGUUUCAAUCAGAAACUGUUACGUCCUGUGGAGCUGGAUAAUUAUCUCCAACGUUUCUCGCCGGACAUUACAUUUGUGCUCCAUCUUGUGGUCAAUCUGUACCACUUCUUCUGCGUGUUCAAGCUGUGGGAGCCUGAAGCUGACGUAUUGGUACUCAAGCCUCUGGCUCUGGCUCAGGAAUUGACGGUGAAGCUUGACAGAGUUUACGCUGAAAUCCGGGAAGCUAAGUCUCCUCAACUCGCUGCUUACGAUCGAGUCAUUGAUUUCCCCAAAGACAUGAAGUUCACUACUCAGUACUACUCGAACUCCGCCAAACUUUACAAGAAGCUUGGUAAGCUCGUUGCGCAAAUUUCCGAAGGUCGUCCGCUGAAACCAUUAUUUGCCGUUCAGCUGCCUCAACCGUUAGAUUUAAUGAGACAGGUGUCGGCUCUUAAUGAUCUGCCUUGUGUGCAAAUGACGACCCGUGAACUUAGUGUGGGGGCUGUGGGAUGGCACUCGCUCAUUGCGAAGCGUAUCGUUAAUCACUACUUGCUUCUUGCUCUGUGGCUUGCCAACUUGACCAAGCUCUGUCGCUAUGCUCGUGUCCCCUUGUGUAACGUCCACAUGGAAAAUCUUGGUUACCUUGUUGAUGUCGAUUAUUGUCGUCGUCUCAAAUCCCAGAACAUGGUGUUGUGGUGGCUGCCUGGUCCUCUUCCUGAUCUUGGUGGUCAGGAAAACGAUACCGGCGGCGAAGCGGACGAUAAAUUCGCACUGUUCCCCGAAAUCAAUACUCCUGAAGUGUACCAAACUGCUUGUCUCGAGAUCGAAAUUGGUACUCUCACCAUUAAUGCCAUUCUUGCUAGUGCAUUAAUCGCCGACGCUGAAGGGGUUGAAGUGAGCAAUCAGGAUGGCGCUAGCGCUUCAUAUACUCAAUCGUUGGCCACUCUUCGCAAUAUGGUCAAAGAACUUUGGGAUAACGCCCUUCAAGGUGAUGCCAGUGCCGAUAGUAUCAUGAAUGCGCUUGUGCUGUGGGUGCAACUGCCUCAACUGUACAUGUACGACUCUGCCCUCCACUACCACGUUCACAAUUUAACUUCGAAGUGUUUGCUUCAGCUUGCGGCUGAGUUCAAGCGGAUGCAAUGUCAAGUGGUGUUUGCCAAUCGAAACCGUCUCGUUGUUUCCACUACAAAAGUGCUUGUGGAAAACUCAUUUGCUUUUGGCCAGUACAUGACUAAAUUGAUUCAGCUGCGACCCAUGUUUCACUUCUUGGAACUUGCCGUGACCAAGUAUUGGGAUGUAUUGGUGUGGAUGGAUCAGUAUAAUUUCUGUGGGCGUUACACUAAAGAAAUAGUGCUGGAAGAUCAUCAACCAUUGGAAGUAGUCUCGGCGUGGGGCAUCCAUGAAUACUUGCCUAAAAUUUAUAGAGACGAAUUCGUUGAUUGGACAAUUAUCUUUUUGGACGCGUUGGUGAAGCAAAAGCAUACAGAAAUUGCCACUUCUCAAAACCGAGUCACUCAAAUUGGGCAUCGUACUAAACCCAAAGAAGAUGACGAGGAAGAAGACCCCCAAAAUGGGGUGAUGGAAACCUUCCGCAAACCGUUGGAGAAACGUAUCAAGAAGUUAUACAAACAACAAACGGAUAAUAUCCUUAAUCCUGAAUUUGCUUCCGAGUACAAAUUUCCUCAUUUGCCUGGGUCUCAUCUUACGCUCACCAACCCUACGCUUGAGCUUGUGAACUAUUUGAUGGCGGUAUUUGGUCUUUCCAAAAAGCGGGAGUUGGAAGUCAGGUUAGUCCGCAAAGAUUUGCUUCACGUUUUCGGCGUUAAAGAAUUCUCAAAGCAAGCCGAGUUUGUAUACCCGAGUGCGCUGUUGGUGGUGGGACACUUCAUUUGUGACUACUGCAACUUUAUCCGUGACAUCGACGUAUGUCGUGAGCCCGAGGAACGGGUUUGGUCAUGCAGCCGGUGUUCGAAGCCUUACAAUCGGGUGGCGUUAGAAGAACGUUUGAUUGCUCACUUGCAAAAGUUGAUUAUUCAAUUCUACCAACAAGACUACAAGUGCGAUAAGUGCAAGCUGAUUCGCCGAACCAACUUGAGCCUCCAUUGCAAGUGUCUGGGCAAUUGGGUGGAAACGUUUUCUUACGACGAUUUGCAAAAGCGAAUUCUGGUGAUGGCGAAUGUGGGUAACUUCUACAAGUUGAAGAUCUUAGAGGAAGCCGUGGAACUGUAA